UUCGACGUGUUUAAAACAAGAACAACAAGAACAACAAGAACAACAACGAACAAUGUGUGUAAAGUCGCCUCAUCUAUGUGGGUUAACGGCAGCACGGAGUUGACCAUGCUAACCUGCUUCUCUGGACACAGUAACUCCAGUGCUGGACAUGCGGGUAUCGGCGGCGCUACCGUGCUCCUGGCCGCCUUAAUGAUGACCCUGGUGGUCGUGGUGGUCGUGGGAAACGCGCUGGUCAUCUUUGCCUUUGUCGUGGACAAGAGCCUCCGAAAUCAGAGCAACUACUUCUUCCUUAACUUGGCCAUAUCUGAUUUCCUGGUCGGAGCAUUCUGUAUCCCCGUGUACAUGCCCUACAUCUUGACAGGCCGAUGGAUGCUGGGCCGUGGUCUCUGCAAGCUGUGGCUCGUGAUGGACUAUCUACUCUGUACUGCCUCCGUCUUCAACAUAGUGUUAAUCAGCUACGACCGCUUCCUGUCUGUCACCAGAGCUGUGAGGUACAGAGCACAGCAGGGAAUGACUCGGCACGCUGUGGGAAAGAUGCUGGCAGUGUGGCUGCUGGCUUUUCUCCUCUACGGCCCGGCCAUUAUCUUUUGGGAGGAUGUAGCUGGCGAGAGCAUCGUUCCAGCCGACGAGUGCUUUGCAGAGUUCUACUGCACAUGGUACUUCCUGCUUAGUGCAUCUACCUUUGAGUUCUUCUCACCAUUCAUCUCAGUGACCUUCUUCAACCUCAGCAUCUACCUCAACAUCCAGCGGCGGAACAAGAGCCGCGCAGCUCACCGCGGUGCAGAGAAAGAGGAUGGCUGGAGGGUGGUGGACGGUGGUGCGUCACCCUCAUCCGCAGUGUUCUUUGUCAGGACACGCAAAGUCUCCUCCAGUGAACCAGCAGCUGUUUCGGCUGUGAUCGAGGGAGACCUGGAGAUUUCUCCGUCCUCCAGCGGAGACCCCAGCUGCAGCCACUCGGUCUCUCUCUCUCUGAAGACGGUCAAUAAGAAGAAAGGAGCAUUGAGCUGUUGGUUAAAGACACGCAUGAUCCAGUCACAGGCACCCAUGAGGAAUGGGGAGCAUUCGCGCCUUUCGCGGGACAAGAAGAUCGCCAAAUCUUUGGCAGUAAUAGUGUGUGUUUUCGGCGUGUGCUGGGCUCCGUACACCUUGCUCAUGAUCAUUCGUGCAGUCUGUAGCGGCACAUGUAUAGAACAUCACUGGUACGAAGUCACAUUCUGGCUUCUCUGGCUCAAUUCAGCAAUCAACCCUUUCCUGUACCCACUGUGUCACAGCAGCUUUCGCAGGGCCUUUGCUAAGAUCCUUUGCUCGAAACGGCAAUCUGUCAGGCCGCACGAGGACACCCCAUCCUGCCAGUGACAGCAGAUAAGAUUUCACACAGUCUGCAAUUGUGAGUGGGGAUUAUGUGUGAAUGUUGAGGCAGCAGCCUGUAAGAUGCUCGUGUCUGAGAAAAUCAAUGAGAACACAGGUAGCUUAAUUGCGCGGAGUGAAAGCGGUUUUUAAAUGUCCCAUAGAGAAAACAUUUUCAUUUUGGAUUGCCCGUUUUCGUUUUUCAGAAAUCCACAUUGACCAUGAACGAUAACGAUGUUAGCUGGUGAAUUUUUUUAAUGCAUGAGCAUGUAUAGUCCAUUCCUUCAUCCUCUGAUUAUCCUCUAUAACAGUGAUGUGCAUUCAGCUAGACAGCAUUUAGGGUGUAAUAAUGCCAAGGAAAGCAGAGAAGAAAAAAAACAAAAAACAAAACAGUUUUCUGGAGACUUUCUCUGCGUCUCUUUGCAGCACUCUGAAUGUAGUCUGGUGUUGUUUCUGAAUGUGAGAUAAACUGGUGUUAGGUUUUUUUUCCCGUGUUUUCACAGGUUUGAUUUAUAAUUUGGAAUGACAGCAGAACUUGAGCAACUGUUCUGUUGUUUUAAUCUGUCGUAUUAACAAAUAAUGACAAAUGGGAUCUCAAUUCGAGUGUGUGUGGAUGUCUGGACCCACACAUGGUGUGUGAUUGUAUUGUUGGCACUUAAAUAAUGAAUUGUGACUUAGUCAAAAAAAAAAAAAAAAAAAAAAAAAAAAAAGAAGUUUUUAGAAACAAUCAAAGGGUGAUUUUUAAAAAAAAAAUAAUCCUUGUACAUAGUUAUAUUUCCUCUGCUUCUCAAUUGAUUUGUUGUUUGCAUAAAAUAAACUUGACAUUUGUGACCACUUUAAAAUGCCAUGCAGUAACAAACGCACUACAGGUGUCCGUUAUAAGCAAUUAGCCCUAAUGUCUAGUUAUCUUUAGUACUACCUGAAACAAUGACUAGACCUUUAUCCAACUGCAAAAUGCGAACACAAUUUUCUGAGCAAACAGAAUGUCUCAUAAAUGUCAUGUAACUGU